AAAGAAAGGCAUAUGGCGUUCAUUUCUAUUUUUGCUAACUUUAAUAGAUUUACGUGCGUUGUAGAUAACCGAAGUUAGAAAGCGAAUAUCUCUUACGAAUUAAGCGCGUACACGAGCAUUUUCAUUGAAAAUAUUAACACAGAAAUUACGUGUUUGUGCCCGUAUGUUAAGUUUUUGUUGACGAAAUAACGAACUGUGAUAUUAACAUUAGUUGUAUAUUCCAUAGGUUUUUCUUUAUACAAGUUUCGAUUAUUUAUUGUAUAAUUUAGAUUAGGAUUGUACAUCUGACUUUAAUUAUUAAAAAGUGUAACCAAAGAAUUGUGCUAUGUCUGUGUCACAGGCGUCAGAAACAGAAAAAAUGCAGAUGAAGAUUUCGAGUGACAAGCAGUCUAAAAAUGGAGACGAGCAAGUGGAAGGGAUGAGUUUAUCGGAUGCGCCUAAUGAUGAUUUUACCGACCCCGCCAUAUUGGUUAUACGAGAAAACGUGAAAAUCGUUUAUUCCAAGGAGCAACUUUUGAAGCUACGAGAGGCUCCGCUCUCUAAGAAAAGGCCUGAUAUUAUCGACACUUCCGAAGCAGCGUCAGCUUUGUUCUUCGACGCGGAGAAAUGGGGGCACGAGCGCAAAGUGUCCGACACUACUCCCGUCGAAAACGGACCGCGUUCGAGCGCCGAGGGACCGUCGGAGCAGAGGCGAAGGCCCGGCGAUCCGCGGGUGCGUUUACGCAAAGAAAACGACGGCAUCGUCCUGUCGCCGCAGCGGCGCAGCUUCAAAUCCGGCUGUUUCGUGCUCGUGCGAGGCGACACCACCGCCACCACCCGUACUAAUCGAGCGCACAGCCCGCUCGGCCCGAAGAACGAAACUCCUCACAUGGGCAUACGAGAGAUACAGCCGACUACGAGGCGCAUUGGCAGCGGCAGGAUCCUCAGGGACUCGUGGGAGUACAAUGACAAACUCGAUUCUGGCGACAACGAUUACAAUUACCGAGGUCAACAACGUAACAAUAACAACGAUCGAGACGAUAAGUUCAAUGAGAAAUUCGAGCGAAGAAGUUUCGGCAGAGAUUUCGACAUAUCCAGGGACAGGGAGAACAACAACAAGGAAUCGCGAAGGCCUAAAGGUUUCGAUCGGAGGAGGAUCGAUAGUCGGGAGAUCGAGGAACCCGAAUGGUUUUCUGGCGGUCCGCUUUCUCAAAACGACACGAUCGAAUUGCGCGGCUUCGACGACGACAAACCCGGCAGGAAGAAGCUGAGCCCGAUCAGCGCGAAAGGCAACAAGGACGGCAAGAAGAAAACCGAAACGAAAACGUCUCAGUCGCACAAGAAGAGCGAAUGCGAAAACAACGAGCAAUCGGAGCCGAAGGAAAAGCCUGCAACCGCCCUGCAGGUCGGGGACAAGAAAAACGAGACCGACAAAAAAGCCGAUGGAGACGCUACAGAUGACGCAUCCGACAAUAAUCUUGACACUGAAAAGACUGAAGAUGAUGGCAAGGCCAAUGCGCUAGCUGACGAACAUUCGUUCAAUUUCGAGGAUAUUUUGAAGUGCGAUACCAUCCCUGGAUUGCUAACGAAUGGUGUCGGUGUUGAUGGCGACAACACGAAGUCUCGCUUCAGCCGCUGGUUCAAGCAGGACAGCCCCGAAAAGCCGGAUAGCCGGCGUUCGUCCUUGCACGACGACCAUCACAUUAUAAAAAAUCUCCUGAAGGAAAUCGGCGAGACCAACGUACAAAUACCGGGCGAUUCGAACGCCUAUUUCGCGCCGAUUUCGCCCGCCGCCAAUACGCAGAGCGCCGGCGGCGGCAAACGCGAUUUCCAGCAGAGCUCGCAAUCCAUCAAUAUCAUGGAGAUGCUGCAGAGGGGCAAGCAACUCGGCAACGAGGCGAUGAAACCGCUGCAAGGGAAGAUACUGAGUUUGGACGAGCUCGAGACUAAAAUUAGGCAAAACGCGAAGACUUCCAGCGGAAUGGGCCAGAAACCUCAGGCGAAACCCGACGAGGAUAUGGCCGCUUUCAAAAAACUGUUGGAACAAGCACAAAUUGGAGGUCACGCCGCAUCCAUGAACGCUUCGAUGAAUAAAGGCCAACCCAUGAGUUUGUUAGAAAUGUUGAAUCAUUCUCAACAGCAAGACGAGGCCGCCCGAUUAUCCGGCGCGCACGGUUCCUCCAACUCGAAUAUUGGUGGCGGUGUCCACCAGCCGCACGUAAUGAAUGAUCUCACUAUGAAGCUGCAACAGGCGCAACUCCAACAGCAAAAACAAAUGGAAAUGCUUAAUAAAUUGAUCAACGCCACGACCUCCGUGCAUCCGCAGCAAAUGAGGACCUCUCCGCUGCACGAUUUGGUCGUACAACAAAGCAGGGAAUUGCUGAACAGACCGGAGGCUCAAGCUAUUCUACAAGGUUUAAAACGCGGUGAAAUUACGACCCAACACCUCUAUCAGCAAUUGGCCAAUCCGGCCUUGCAGCCGCGCCACCGGGAAAUGUUGAUGACCAUCUUGAAAGUGAACGGUGGCGGCAGCUUCGGCCCCAGUCCGAGGGUGCUGAGUCCGGUGCCGCCGCACCACAUGUAUCAGCAACAACAACAGCAACAAUUGCGGGUGUCGCCGCUUCCGCCCAACGCAUAUUGCGUGUCUCCGAUAUUGGCGACAAGUCCAAACACAUUGACAGUACCCGCCAUACACCAGAGGAUUCCAUCGCCAAGGGAAUUGCAAGUUCAUACGCAGGGAAUUUUGCAAAGGGCGCUGAUCAAGAAGAAGCUCGAAGAGCAGCAGGAGAAUUACCGCAAGAAGCAAGAAAUGCAAAGAGGACAAAGUCCGAGUAGCGUUACGAGCCAAGGUGUACCAAAAAACGUUACGUCUCCUACGCCUCUGGCCUUUACACCAACUUCAGUAUUAAGAAAAAUGACGGCCGACAAAGACGAAGGUAAAGAGAAUAAAAUGAUUGAAGGCAAAGUCCCACAGGGUCGAGCUUUGACAGGAAUGAGAUCUCAACACACUCAACCUCAAGUUCAACAAUGGAACCCAAGCGGACAGUACAUGUCCAACAAACAUCCAGGCCGUCCAAUUGUCAAAGCGAAUAAUAAUAUGCCUAUUCAAGAGCAAUUCUUUGGACAACAGUCUUCUCAACAACAACAUUCGUCACAACAACAGCAAAGGGCUCAACAACAACAACAGUUGGUUUUCCAACAACAACAACAGCGCAAAUCAAUGGGUGGCACCCAAUAUCAUUCCGGCCAAGGUGUCCCCCAAUCUCAGUACAAUGCUCAACAAUACUCAACUAACCAACAAUUUACCCCACAGCAAUUAAGGGCGCAACAUCAACACCGCCCUGCCAACCAACAAUCUCAAACCAAUGUACAACCGCAACAACAGCAUUCUUUCCAGCAACCGCAAAACAAUCAGCAACACAUGGGAGGCGGAACUUGGCAACAGUUCUUCAAUAAUGCACAACAAGGUACACGAAAUUCAAAAACAAGCCUAGAUAUGGAGGGGAGUCGCUUGAACUCUUCGAAUGCAUCUUCGACGACAGUCAACCAACUGUCCCGCUGGUUUUCGCCCGAUUUAUUGGAGCGCGCCAGAGGCGGCGAAUUACCAAGUACCGCCGGUAUCUCCCAACGCGUUCUCAGCCUCGAAGAAAUCGAACGACAAACGGCGCCCCCCGUCCAUAACUAAUUUUACUAUUUAUAUAUUUUUUUUUCAUUUGUUUCGCUCUUAUUGGGAGAAAUUGUUGGGGGCAAAUUGGGAGGGAAAUGAAAUGGUUAAAACUGAGCCAGCGACUUAAGCUUUAGUAAACGUUCUUUGUCUGAUUACUAUUCAGCCGUCUUUAAAAAAGCCCGUUUGUCAAUUUUAUUAAAGAGAAAUAUCAUUGAAAUGUCCUUACCCAAAUAAUAAAAUUGUAACAUUUUGUAAAUAAGCAAAAAAGUUACAUAUUACAUUGUGAUAGAAUUAUUUAGUUAAUGAAUUUACGAAAAAAAGCAUAUUCUUAUGUUCAUUUUAAUCAGUUUGAUUAACGUCUAUUUGUCUCCUACGCCAUUUGUGAAAAAAUUAACAGCGGGUUGUUCCAUUACUAUUUAGCAUGUGAGUGUCGAUUGAACGAAAAUAGGGUUAAAUUGGGUUACGAGAAUAUCGAUUUUUAUUUUUUAAAAUGCGAAUUUUUAUUUUUGUUAUUGUGUGAGAGCAACGUUUUUGUUUUGUUUUGGUGUUUUAUCUAUCUAAAGUAAUGGCAACAACUACCCAAUUUUACAGAUAUAUCAUUUACGUCAACAUGUUUUUCUUUAAUGUUUAAGAACUGAUACUUUUGUGUUCUAGUUUUUUUUAACAUGAUAUUUCUUCGAUGUUGUAAACCUAUUGAAAAUGAAAUGGAUCAAUCUUGUGCGCAAAACAGAGAAAUUGACACAUGUCGAAGGGUUAUGGUUCGAAGAAAUAUCAAUAAAUAACAUUCCUACUGUUUAUUUAUACGUAAUAUUGUCGGGAGGAACAACUUUUCAAAUUAUGUAUUACAUCAUUCUUCUAAAAACUCUACGGGCUUCUUUGACUAUGCAUUACAUUAGUGCCUUAUUUGGUUAAUCGGUAGUUUUGUAGCUUUAAAAAUGAUUACUAAAAUGUUAAAUUCGCGAUCUUAAUGAACAAAAUGUGUAGAGAUUGAUUUAUAAACUUGAAUUUCAAUUAGUUAUUCCAGAUGCAUUAGCUUGGUUUUUUUGAUACAUAUUAAUACUGGAAUAAAUAAUAAUCACUUUGUUAUAUUGCAUUUUUUUUUUAUUUAUUUAUUUAAUGACAGUAUUACGUACUUUUAAUUUAGCUGGGAACUACCGUGUGUGGCUAUCCUACCGAUUUACUAAAGUAGCUUUCGAAAAAGAUUGUUGAUUUAACUACACAGUGCAAAUUUGUUAACUUGAAUCGAUGAAAUUUGCUUUUUCGAAUGGCCUGCGGUAUUUGUUGAGUUGUUGCCUCUCUGACGUUGGAAAAUUGAUGAAAAUUUAUUUAAUUCAAUGCCAAAUAAACAUUGUUGCAACUAGGUAUUUCUUUCUGUAAAAAUUUCUUAAAGAAAUAAUUUUGUAUAUACGAAGACGUCAUGUUAAAAUUGACAAAAUUUUGUUUUGAAAAAUAAUUAAAUGAGCAAGAACAA